AUGGGCCACGAGGUGCUUGAGGCAUUCGAGUCGCGGAUUGGGCACCACCCCUUCGUCCUGCGCUCCAUCCGCAUCUUCCAGAGCCUCGAGGAGCUGAUCGCCGCCCAUCCGCUGAACCGGCCCAAGGUGAUUUUCACCACCUCUCCUCACCUGGACGGCGGCGACUCUAGAGAGCUCUUCUUCCGCCUCUGCGCGGACCCGAAGAACCUUCUCUGCUUGUUGGGCGUGGCCCCGCAGGGCACCUUGGCUCGGCAGCUGCUGGAGGACUUUGUGUUGGCGCCCUGCGCUCGCAAGGAGUACCGGCUCCAGCAGCACCUCAAGUCCCCGCUGCCGGACGAAGAGCUCAGGGCCUUCUACGAGAAGAUGCAGGAGCAGGUGCCUGAACCUUUGGCACCGCCGGAUGUCGCAGUGGCGAUGAAGGCUGAAGACAUCCUGCAAGUGGCCGCCAAAGCAGAAGAGAAGGUUGAGAUGAAGCCGGAGAAGGAGAUCAAGGCUGACGCCAAAGAAGUGAAAGCCGAGGUGAAGCAGGAGGUGAAGGCUGAAAAGAAGGUGAAGGCUGAGGAGGCGAAAGAGAAUGUCAAGGACAUCAAGGAGUCCAAGAGCGCGCUGUGGAGCCCGCUGGGUUGGCCGGGCAGCCGCACGUUGGCGCACCAGGAGCAGCGUGCAGAGUCCGACGCGUAUGGCCAGCUCUUGACCCCCACAGAGCUCAGGAUGUGGAGGGCCCAGGAUCAGGAGGGCAACAAGUACAGCCCCCCCUCUGCACUGGAUGCCACCUCCGCCAUCCCCAACAUGGACCAGGAGGUCCCGGAGGCCUCCGAGUGGCGGGAGAGUCUGCGGCAGCACUUCCGGGAGCCCAUGCGCUGCGAGGUCCGCGAGAGGAUCGUGAAGGUGAACUGCCAGGUGCGGUUUCUGCCGGACAACUCCUUUGAGGCGAAGGACCUCACCAACCUGCUGCAGCUGGCGUCCCCUAGGCAUGUGGUGCUGCUGCCGACGAAGGGUAGCUCGAACACAGGGGACAUGCUGAAGGCUUACUUCAGUCACUCACAGACUGAGCUGAACCGGCCGUCGCCGGAGGUGCACGUGCUGCGGCCAAAGGACUUGCCACUGCAGCUGGCGCUGCGGUCGGCCAAGAGGAAGCUGCAGAUCUCCAACGACUUGUGGCCCCAGAUCAGCUACAUGCGCGGGGCGGACGGCGUGCGUGUGGCGGUGGUGCGGGGCGCGGCGAACGCCACAGAGAAGUCUACAGAGCUGCAGGUGCCGGACAUCGACCUGGAGGAGCCCGGGCCGCUGCCACGGCACGGCGCUCUCUUCCUGGGCAUGGGCGAGGACGCGCUGCACCUCAGCGCCCUGAAGGCGCUCGGGUAG